GCGGUGACGUCAAUUCGAAAAACGUUGUUUACUUCCUGAGGCUCACAAGCACUCUUCUGGUGGUAUGGAAAAAAUUUAAGACAUGCUAACAUUUAUAAACGAUAACGCGCAUGUGCUGUCUACAGUUUUACAUCUGACACGUUGUUUUCUCCAGCGUUCGACUGUAGAUUCAUUAGGAUGGUGAAAGUUACCCAGACAUUAAUCUAGAUGGCUUAAGUUAGCAUUAGCUGCACAGCUGGACAGUUUAUCAUAGAUGGACAUAGUUUGACUGAGCGAAUUGCUUAGCCCUUUCUUUACGCUGAUUUAAGUACCAAGCUUCUGGUGGAACCGUAUCAUUGCAAAAUCAUUAUAAACAUCCGAUUAAACUGUAUGAAUUUUUUUUGUGUAGAUGGCAAGCAGCAGUUUCAUUUAUAAAUAAAUCUACAUAUGGCUGGCUUUACAUCAGUCUGACAGAGAGUUAUAUCCCAAGGCAAAUCCCAUCCUGCCUGUCAGCAAUUAAGACUACAUGACUGUACCCAUCUGAAAGACAUCUGACCCAGUAAGUCGUUCAUCUAGUAUUCAGGUGAAGCUGCUUUGGAUUAAAGGUGCCAUGGAGUCUGGUGAAGACGGGGGUUACAGUGUUGGAGGUCCAUCAGGGGAUGAAAACUACUUCCAGGGCUACACAUUCACAGACCGCUCCCAUUCCAGUCGUGUUGUGAAGAGCAUCAUGGACUUGUGUCUGGAGGAUGGGUUGUUUGCAGACGUCACCAUCACUGUGGACAGCAAACAGUUCCAGCUUCACCGCCUGGUGCUCUCGGCACAGAGCUGCUUCUUCAGGUCCAUGUUCACCUCUAACCUUAGAGAAGCGUUUGAUCGUAAUAUUGAGCUGAAGGAUGUCAGUGCACCAGUCUUCCAGUCUUUGGUAGACUACAUCUACCAUGGGACCAUCAAACUAAAGGUUGAAGAUCUGCAGGACACUUAUGAGAUGGCUGAUAUGUAUCAGCUCACUGCCCUGUUUGAGGAGUGCUCUCGCUUCCUGUCACGAACUGUGGAUAUCAAGAACUGCCUCCAGGUGAUGUGGUUGGCGGACAGACACAGUGACCAGGAGUUGCAUACAGCUGCCAAGCACUGUGCGAAGAUUCACCUGAUUCAGCUGCACCAGACAGAAGAGUUCCUGAACUUGCCAUUGUGCCUUCUCGUGGAUAUCAUUAAAGAUGGUGUGCCAAGCUCACAAAAUCCAACUGCAGCUAUUAACUCUUGGAUAAAUCACAACAAAGUCGAACGAGAGGAAUAUUCUGAUAUGCUUCUAGACAGCCUAAAGGAGAUUGGUGAAAAGGUGCACAUAUACUUAAUUGGGAAGGAAGACACACGCACACACUCAUUGGCAGUGUCUCUUCAUUGUGAUGAGGAUGACGCUAUCAGUAUCAGUGGCCAAAACAGCUUGUGUCACCAGAUUACAGCUGCCUGCAAGCAUGGGGCUGAUCUAUAUGUUGUAGGAGGCUCCAUACCACGACGCAUGUGGAAAUGCAACAUGCACACCAUGGACUGGGAGCGCUGCGCCCCUCUGCCCCGGGACCGUCUGCACCACACGUUAGUGUCUGUGUCCACAGAGGAUGCCAUAUACUCAUUGGGAGGCAAGACCCUCCAGGACACUCUCUCCAACGCUGUCAUUUACUACACAGUACAGGACAACAUAUGGAAAGAGACCACUCAGCUAGACACAGCCGUGUCAGGUGCAGCCGGAGUCAAUCUGGGAGGCACCAUUUACCUUUUGGGUGGGGAGGAAAAUGACAUGGACUUCUUUACCAAACCGUCUCGACUUAUCCAGUGCUUUGACACGGCCACACAGAAGUGUCAGACCAAGCCCUACAUGCUGCCCUUUGCCGGAUGCAUGCAUGCCACUGCCCAUAAGGACCUUAUCUUUGUGGUGGCAGAGGGCGACUCUCUGGUGUGCUAUAACCCACUGCUGGACAGCUUCACUCGACUGCGCUUCCCUGAAGUGUGGAGCUGCGUGCCAUCUCUAUGGAAAGUGGCCAGCUGCAACGGAUGCAUCUACGUUUUUAGGGACAAAUGCAAGAAAGGUGAUGCAAACACUCUGAAGUUGAAUCCUGCCACAUCGGUCGUCUCAGUAAUCAAGGGGAUCAAAAUCCUCCUCACAAACUGGCAGUUUGUUUUGGCCUGAGAUGUUCACGUGAUGCAUUGGAUCAUGAUAAAUUUACUAUGGUGAUAUCAAUUACAGUCUGUGAUAUUGAUUGAAUAGACAGCACUCGUGUAGAAGUUGUUACUGUGGUACAGUGGUACAAGCUUUAUAAUGUCAUGCGAAGUGUUACACAGUAGAGCAACGUAAAGUGUUAAUGAAGGCCAAAUGUAAUGUGUGAUGUUUGUCAUUUGCAGUUGACCAUUGAAGUUUGUCAAGCUUUGGUGAAACCUUCCAACAUGCUUUUCAUUUGGAUUUCAACAAGGAAUUUAUAUUUCAAUUUCUUUUUAAUCUGUUAACAUUCCACGACAUGUUAUCUUUAAUCUAAAUCCACGAAAACUAAUCUGUACGUAGCACUUACUGAAUUAGCUGAAUAUAUCUGCAAUGUAUACAGUUGUGAACUGGAUAUAAGGACUACCUUCUAAUGAGUGAAAAUGUGCAAUGUCUGCCAGCAAAUUCUGAAAGUAAGGAAAUGUUUUCAGAUUGACAAUGCAAAAUAUCGUCAAGACCGCUGACAAAAAUAUUUUAGUACUAUUGUCAAGGGCCAUUUAAGUAACAUUCAUAAUGAAAGUUUGCAAGAUAUUCUCAUUGCAUCUAUCUCAAAGUAUUUUCUCUGUUGUCACCUCAGACCUCUGUUUCUCAGUGGUUUGUGACUGGACAACUGUUUACAUUUUACAUCAUCAUGCAGUAUAUGAAGAAGCACUCCAUUUUUUUGUCUGCCAGAGACACAAGUUAGCUUAUUUUUGUUGACUUUUGUGGCUGGUUCUGAAUAUUGUUAGUCAGUGAUUUUGCUUUUGAAGUCAUAGACCAAGAAAUGAAACGUGUAUUGUUCUACUCUGUAUUUUUGGUUGAACUUUUCUCUUGAAAGCUAAAAAAUAAGUUAUGUAUUUCAUGUUCAACAGUUACAAUAAUGUCACCCUCACCUCCUUGUCAUUCCAAACCUGUAUGACUGUCUUUCUUCUGUAAAAAGCACAAACAUAUUUUGAAGAAUGUCUGUGUUUUUGUCCAUACACUGAAAGUAAGUGGAGUCCAAUGCUGUUUUGAAUCAUUCUUCAAAAAUGUUCUUUUGUGUUUCGCAGAAGAAAAGUCAUACUUGUUUGGUCAAACAUGAGUGAGUUAAUUAUGGCAAUUAAAUUUUUUGUGUGAACUAUAUCAGGAGACAUCACCCUAAAACACAAUAAACGAUUUGUAAAAAAGUG